GUCACACUGUUUGUUUGUGUUUUCAAGGAUUCUAUGGUAGACUAAUAAUAUUAAUAUUCGGCACAAAAAUGGAUAACGUUCAAGAUAUGGAUUUAUUACAAUCGAGUGGCGACAAAUCCGACGUAUAUGGCAUGUCCUCACACGGACAACUUAUGGAUGCAGGUGAUGGAACGAAGCGUAGAAGUUCGAAUAGAUCAAUAAAAAGAAAGAAAUUUGACGAUGAGUUGGUUGAAUAUAGUUUGGGAAUGCCCGGUGUUUCAAACAUAAAGGGUGGAAGAGCCCGUACUCAGUCGGCGCAUUCAGAAUUUUCAGUUGCUUCCCCAUCCACACCCCCCAUUCUACCCACUCCUGCUCCGACUCACAUUCCUGAAAUGAAAAGGAAGCCAUCUGCUAAAACUAUGCCGAGCAGUUCAAGAAAGUCUAAGAAAGGUCGACAACAAAAUCAAUUUGCUACAAAAGAUUUAGGUCGAUGGAAGCCCACUGAUGACUUGGCCUUGAUUAUUGGUGUUCAGCAAACAAAUGAUUUACGUACAGUCCAUUUGGGAACAAAAUUUUCAUGUAAAUUUACCGUUCAAGAGUUGCAACAGAGGUGGUAUGCUCUUCUCUAUGAUCAAGCUGUGUCUAGAGUGGCAGUGUCUGCUAUGAGAAAUUUGCAUCCUGACAUGAUAUCUGCAGUACAAGAUAAAGCUUUGUGGAGCCAACAAGAAGAGGAAAUAUUGUCAACCAUUAAAUCUAACGCAAAUCCGACCAUUGAUACAUUUUCCGAACUGUUAUCUCAACAUGCAGAUGUCUUUUAUUCGGGUAGAACUCCAAAUACACUCCUCCGUCAUUGGCAGACUUUGCGAAUGUACCACUUGCUGCCUGACCAAAAUUUGGGACCACUGCCCACUGGCAGACCUAUUAUGUCAUUUAAUGAUGCAGAAGAAUUAAUACAAGAUUCAGAACUAAGUGAGCCUCCAGAUGAAGUUCUUGAUAAAGAACUGAAAUUGCAACAAAGAAGAAAUGUUAGAGAAAUUCGUCAUCUGGAAAAUGAAGUUGGUAGAUGGAAUGUUCUUGUUGAUAGUGUUACUGGAAUUUGCCCUGGAGAGUUAGAUGGUCAAACACUUGCUGUGCUUAGAGGACGUAUGGUCAGAUACUUAAUGAGAAGUAGAGAAAUUACCAUUGGGAGAUCUGGUAAAGGUCAUGUUGUUGAUAUUGAUCUCUCAUUAGAAGGGCCAGCUCAUAAAAUAUCGAGAAGACAGGGAACAUUAAGGCUUCGGAAUACAGGUGAAUUUUAUUUGUCUUCGGAAGGCAAGCGACCGAUUUUUGUGGACGGCCGCCCCAUAACUGCGGGAAACAAAGUAAGAUUAUAUGAUAAUGCUGUUGUUGAAAUAUCUUCUCUUAGAUUUAUAUUCACUGUGAACCAUGAUCUCAUCAGAUCAAUUCAUACUGAAUCUGUGAGAUACAAUGUUCCUCCAUAAAUGUAAGCAUAUGUAUUUAUGUCUUAUGUAUGUUUAUUAAUAAAGUUUAUAUGUGCAAAA